AUGUCGUCCACGCUCGCCGACGACGACGAGCCUCUCGUCCUCCUUCACGGCGACCUGGACCUGACCAUCCACGAGGCGCGAGGCCUCCCCAACAUGGACGUCCUCUCCACGCUCCUCCGCCGCCUCUGCAUCCGCCGCAGCCUCGCCACCCGCUCCGUCCCUGCCGGCGACGCCGAGACCGACGCCGACAGCCCGCUCCACCGCCGCCAGCCGCACGGCCACCGCAUCCUCCCCACCUCCGACCCAUACGCCGUCGUCGCGCUGUCGCCGCCGCACACCACGCUCGCCCGCACCCACGUCUUCCGCAACUCCGAGGCGCCCGACUGGUCGGCGCGCGUCCGCAUCGCGCUCGCGCACGUCGCCUCGCGGCUCGUGUUCCAGGUCCGGGACUCCGACCCCUUCGGCUCCGACCUCAUGGGCGCCGCCCACAUCCCCGCCGCCGCCCUCCUCCACGGCCAGCCCAUCGUCGGCGAGUGGCUCCAGCUGCUCCGCCCCGACGGCCGCGGCCCGCCCAAGCCCGGAUCCGCCAUCCGCGUCUCCGCCGCCUUCACCCCAGCGUUUCCCUUGUACUCCCGUCGUCGGCACCACGGCGUGCCCGCGUACUUCCCGGAGCGGCGCGGCUGCGAGGUGAAGCUGUACCAGGAUGCGCACGUGUCAGCCGUCGAUGUGCCGUCCUCGUUCGAGCGUGCGCGGUGCUGGGAGGACGUGUGCAUGGCGGUGCUGGGGGCUCAGAAGCUGGUGUACGUCGCAGGGUGGGCUGUGGGCGCCAAGGUCAGGCUUCUGCGGGAGGACAUGUCGCCGGCCAUGGCGGAGAAGGCGGCCGAGGUCAGGGCGCUGGCCGGCGUGGCGGUGGAGACCAUGACGCUGGGAGAGCUCCUCAAGUACAAGUCGCAGGAGGGCGUUCGCGUCUGCCUCCUCGUUUCUGAACAUCACAGCUUCUUCCUAAGCACGGGAGGUGGGAUGCAAACUAGUGGCGAAGACACGAAGAAGUUCUUCAAGCACUCUUCGGUGAUUUGCGUUCUCUCACAUCGCUACCCUAAAGGCAAGCUCAACAUGGCCAAGCAGAAGGUGGUGGGCACGCCAUACGCGCACAACCAGAAGUGCAUACUCGUGGACACGCCGGCGUCCGAGGCCACCCGUCGGAUCACGGCCUUCCUAGGCGGCCUCGACCUCGCUGCCGGCUGCUACGACACCCCGUCCCACAGGCUCUUCGGCGACCUGAACACCGUCUUCCGCGGUGACCUCCACAACCCCACCCUCGGCGACACCGAUGCGAACGACGGACCCAGGCAGCCAUGGCACGACAUGCAUUGUCGGAUCGACGGCGCCGCCGCGUACGAUGUCUUGGAGAACUUCGAGCAGCGGUGGCGGAAGGCUACCGCCAAGCACAAUCAUUGGAAGGACGACACCCUGAUAAAGCUGAAACGCAUCCCCUGGAUCCUCAGCCCCGCCGCAGGAGCCGCCGCCGACGCGCUGCGCGUCCUGCCGGAGGAUGACCACCGGUGCUGGCACGCGCAGGUGUUCCGGUCGGUAGACUCCGGGUCGGUGAAGGGGUUUCCGCGUUCCUGGGAGACGGAGGACAUGGCGGCACGGCACCUGCUCUGUGACAAGGGCCUGGUGGUGGAGCAGAGCAUCCACACGGCGUACGUUGCGGCGAUCCGCGCCGCCGACCGGUUCGUGUAUCUCGAGACCGAGCGGUUCGUGGGGUCGUCGUACGCGUGGCCACCGUCGUGCCGGCACCCGGGCGCUGGCAACCUGGUGCCGAUGGAGAUCGCGUUGAAGGUGGCGAGCAAGAUCAGCGCCGGCGAGGCGUUCGCUGCGUACGUGGUGCUGCCGAUGUGGCCGGCUGCGGAGGGGCCGCCGGGGUCGGCGCCGGCGCAAGAGGCCCUCUUCUGGCAGGCACAAACGAUGCGGAUGAUGUACGAGGUGGUCGAGGAGGCGGUCACCGCGGCGGGGCUCGCUGGCAGAGCGCACCCGCAGGACUACCUCAGCUUCUACUGCCUAGGCAACCGCGAACCGGCACCGCCGCCGUUGCACGGAUGGACGUCGGAGACGGCAGCGGCGCUGGCGCGGAGGCACGGGCGGUUCAUGGUGUACGUGCACUCCAAGGGGAUGAUCGUGGACGACGAAUACGUGCUCCUUGGCUCCGCCAACGUCAACCAGCGGUCCCUCUCCGGCUUCCGUGACACAGAGAUCGCCGUCGGCGCACACCAGCCGCACCACACCGGCGCUGGGGGCCGGCGGCCGCACGGGCAGGUGCAUGCGUACAGGAUGUCUCUGUGGGAGGAGCACAUGGGCGGGUUGGCUCUGCCGGAGAUGGAGACACCGCAGUCGCCGGAGUGCGUGCGGCUGGUGAACCGGGUGGCGCGGCAGAACUGGGAGAGAUACGUGUACGAGGGGGAGGAGGUGGAGAAGAUGCAGAUGCAGGGGUACCUUAUGAGGUACCCGGUGGAGGUGAGCGCCGACGGCAAGGUCGGGUCGCUGCCGGGACAAGAGUUCUUCCCCGACGUCGGCGGCAAGGUCCUCGGCUCCACCAACAAGCUCCCCGAUCACCUCACCAUGUAG